GCUCUUCAGCCAAACUUCUCCUGAACAGAAACAUUCACUUUUAACUCAUUGCAGGCUACGGACAGAGGCUGGUUCUCAAGCGGAGGCCCGUGUAAAGAGAAGAGGUCGUCAUGAAGCUGGUGGUCUCCCUAGUCCUCCUCCUCAUCAUGUUUGGGUCCGCAGAAAGCAGGUGUUUCUGUCAGGUCACAGGUGACCUGGAUGACUGCACGUGUGACGUGGAAACCAUCGACAGCUUCAACAAUGAGCAGCUGUUCCCCAAACUUCAGACACUGCUGGAGUCUGACUAUUUCAGGUUCUAUAAGGUGAACCUGAAUAAACCGUGUCCUUUCUGGACUGACAGCAGUCAAUGCGGUCUGAGGGACUGUGCUGUGAAGCCCUGUGAGCCUAAUGAGGUGCCCGAGGGGCUCAGAUCAUCCUCGCACAACAAGUAUUCAGCAGAAUCAAAUGAACAGCUGGCUGAGUGUGAGCAGGCAGGACGUCUCGGAGCUGUAGAUGUCUCUUUAAGUGAGGAGACCAGGAAGGCUCUUCUCAACUGGAGUAAACAUGAUGAUGAGGCAGAGCGAUUCUGUGUGCUAGAAGAUGAGGAUUCACCAGACUCCCAGUACGUGGACCUGCUGCUGAACCCAGAGCGCUUCACGGGCUACAAAGGACCAGAAGCCUGGAGGAUCUGGAAUAGCAUCUAUGAAGAGAACUGCUUCAAACCGUUUGCUAUCAAGCGACCACUCCUUCCUAACUCGUACCAUAACAGCUCAGGAAAAGAAGCUAAAACUUUCCAUAGAUGGCUGGAAGGUCAGUGUGUGGAGAAAAGAGCUUUCUAUCGACUCAUCUCAGGCCUACAUGCCAGCAUCAACAUCCACCUGAGUGCCAGAUACCUCCUGGAUGACAGCUGGUUUCAGAAGACGUGGGGUCACAAUGUUCCGGAGUUCAGACGACGUUUUGACUCAGAGCUGACGGCUGGCGAGGGGCCGAAGAGGCUGCGUAACCUUUACUUCCUGUACCUGAUAGAGCUGCGAGCUCUGGCCAAAGCCCUGCCGUUCUUCACGCAGCCAUCUUUCAAACUUUACACAGGGAGAGCCGAGGAGGACAAGAAGCACAAAGAGCUUCUGCUGGACAUCCUGCAGCUGGCAAGAUCUUUUCCUCUGCACUUUGACGAGACAUCUCUGUUUGCAGGCAAUGAAAAAGAAGCAGCAAAACUAAAGGAGGACAUCCGUUUAGCCUUCUUCAACAUCUCCAGGAUCAUGGACUGUGUGGGCUGCUUCAAAUGUCGACUAUGGGGCAAACUGCAGACACAGGGAUUAGGAACAUCACUGAAGAUUUUGUUUUCAGAGCGGCAGAUUGAAGCUCUGCCCUCAACCAGCGACCAGCGACCCAGAUUUCAGCUCAGCCGGCAGGAGAUCGUCUCUCUGCUCAACGCCUUUGGACGGAUUUCCACGAGCAUCAGAGAGCUGCAGACCUUCAGAUCACUGCUGGCAGAGGAUCGAUGAUGAUACUGACUGAGGUGUCACAUAAUCAGAGUUUAUUAUCUUAAAUAAUCAGAGCUUCGUCAGACUAACAUGUUGUUAUUUAUUUUGGCAAUUUUUACAGGAGUGAUCUUGUUCUACUGUUUUCUUUCACUCACUGUAUGUUAUUUGUUAAUGUUGUUAAGACGGCAAGGGAUGUUGCUGCGUGAUUUAUGUACUUACAAAACCUGAAAAACCAUUUUGUUGUCAACUAUUACAAGGAGUAUCCUCAUCUAAGAAUUUACAUGCUUAAAUCUGAUUGGUCAGAUUUUGUCUAUCUUUGACUAAUCAUCUAAUGCCCUUAAUUUGCACUCACUGAUCCAUAUUCUCAUUUGUAGAGAUAAACCACACAGUUGAACUUUUUAGCAUAAGAAGUAAUUCCCUAACGUGACUUGAUCCAUCUUUUGUUAUUCAUUAAGACUGGCCUCCAAGGCCCUGAAUCAUUAGUGGCAGGGGCAAGGGGUGUAUUGAAACUGAGCCAUAGUUUACAUUAUGGUGACCUUAUAACCUUAUUGCACAUGCCCACUGACAAUACAGAAGCCCCAAAGCUCAAGUGGUCUUCUUCAUGAGUCUAAAGGCCACCUACCCCGUCUAACAGUCAGCCGUGUUACUUGUUGUCGAGUAGUAUGACAAAAGCUGUUUACACAACUUUAAUGUUUCAUUUUCAGGAUCAUCAUCAUUUUUAACUUGUUCAAAAACUGGGGUGGGGGGGGGGGGUCUGGAGAGGACAAGGCAAUGGACAGUGUAGGAAGCUAGAUGGAGUGGGGAAUGACAUGCAGGCCUCAGGUCAAAUUCCUACCUACCCAGCCCAAUUGUAGGACUAGCUUCUGUCCAGCUACACUGGAUGCGACCUGCUAGGCUAUCUGUGACACGAUUACACACUUUUCAAGUUAUUUUUACCCUGAUAUUGUGAAAUAUUAUUCAAACAAAAAAAAAAUUAGAGGCCAGCUGAGAUCUCACCACUCCGAUGGCCCCACAAAUUGCAAUAAUCCCACUUAAAUUUUCUCAUGUAAGAGACUGUUUAAAGUACACAAGUGCUUUUCAGAGUACAAGUACUUUUGAGAAUUGCACCAAAGUAUUACUAAGUUCAUAUUUACACGAAGAUGGGAUGUGAGUAAUGAAUGAAUAAAUCUGUGUAGAAUUAGACAUUAAAUAUCCCCAUAAAGCUGGAAUGAAAUGACCUUUAUUCAAAAGCAGGCACAUGACUGUUGAACUGUCGAAUGUUUGACUGUUUGGGGUCACCCCUAACUAUAAUUUAAAGGAUUUUUUUUGUUUCUGAAGUGACUGUUGAUUGUUUUGAAUGGAUUUGAAAUUAGCCUGCAGAGUUGAACUGUUAUUAUUCAUGAUUUUAGGAGAGAGACAAAAGAAACAUUCAGUAUUUUUUUAAUCAAAUUCUCAAGAGGGCAAAGAUUGUAAACACACUUGUUUGUAUGAAAUCUGAUCUGACCUCUGAAAUCAUUAAAAAUACAGCAACCAACAAUCAGACAUGUGAAAAUACAAACUGAAUACUUGUUGCUUAGUUGUGGAGAAUGUUUGUGAUUUUGUCCUGAAGGUGGUGCUGUUUGUAAAUUAUUUUUUCUUCUAAUGCUGAAUACAAUUCACGUAGAGGAAAGAUACAGUCUGUUGAGAUGAGAAAUUACUCAGGAAUUUAACAUUUUAUUACAUUUGUGACUUCUGCUUAUUCUAUCAAA